GGCGGGCGGGGAAGUGCUAGCGGGCGCACCGAGAGCGGCGGCAGCGCCGGAGCGCAGGUCCCUCUGGAUGCCGUGUUGUCCUGUUGUGUCAUCUGUAACACUCAGCUUCAUGUCAUCUGUGAACUUGCUGAAGUGCGCUCAACCUCACUGUCUAGGUCAUUGAUAAAGGAAGCUAUUGAUUGUCUAGAAAUUAAACGAGGGCGUGAGAAGUCUGAUUGAUCAAGGUGGAAGUUUUUUUUCCAAGAGCCUUUUCACAACUGCCUUUUGCAAAAUCUUCCGACGGUCCCAUUAGUGCCAUGCUUUGUGGCUCUCACCGUAAGAGGAAUUUGUCUUGAUGAAGAUUCCUAACAUUGGUAAUGUGAUGAAUAAAUUUGAGAUCCUUGGGGUUGUAGGUGAAGGAGCCUAUGGCGUUGUACUUAAAUGCAGACACAAGGAGACACAUGAAAUUGUGGCUAUCAAGAAAUUCAAAGACAGUGAAGAAAAUGAAGAAGUCAAAGAAACCACUUUACGAGAGCUUAAAAUGCUUCGCACUUUGAAACAGGAGAACAUUGUGGAGCUGAAGGAAGCCUUCAGAAGAAGAGGAAAAUUAUACUUAGUUUUUGAAUAUGUGGAAAAAAAUAUGCUUGAAUUGCUAGAAGAAAUGCCAAAUGGAGUUCCACCAGAGAAAGUGAAAAGCUACAUCUACCAGCUAAUUAAAGCAAUUCAUUGGUGCCAUAAGAAUGAUAUUGUUCAUCGAGAUAUCAAGCCAGAGAAUCUCUUAAUAAGCCACAAUGAUGUUCUGAAGUUGUGUGACUUCGGCUUUGCUCGUAAUCUCUCUGAAGGAAGCAAUGCUAACUAUACAGAAUACGUGGCUACCAGAUGGUACCGCUCACCUGAGCUCCUGCUUGGAGCCCCUUAUGGCAAGGCUGUGGAUAUGUGGUCUGUGGGCUGCAUCCUGGGCGAGCUGAGCGACGGGCAGCCCUUGUUCCCUGGCGAGAGUGAGAUUGACCAGCUCUUCACCAUUCAGAAGGUGCUGGGCCCACUGCCAGCCGAGCAGAUGAAGCUCUUCUACAGCAACCCACGCUUCCACGGCUUGCGGUUUCCAGCAGUCAAUCAUCCACAGUCUUUAGAGAGAAGAUACUUGGGAAUUUUAAGUGGUGUAUUACUUGAUCUUAUGAAGAACUUGCUGAAGUUAGAUCCAGCAGAUAGAUAUUUGACAGAACAAUGUUUGAACCACCCUUCGUUUCAAACCCAAAGACUCUUGGAUCGCUGUGGGAGUUCACCUUCACGGUCAGCUAAGAGAAAACCUUACCAUGCAGACAGCAACAGUUUAUCCAACAGAAAUCAAGCCAGCAAAAGUUCUGCUUUGCAGUCACACCACAGAUCAAACAGCAAGGAUUUGCAGACACUAGGGGCUGGCGGGCCAAGAGAAGAGGGGCUUCCAGCAAAUGAGAGCUUUUUAAAUGGAAACCUUCCUGGACCUGCACCUGCACCUAGUCCAAUGCACGCAAAAAAACCGAGCAACACACCCGGAUCUGGCAACAAGGAUAUAGCCAAUAAUAACAUGCCGCAUCUUCUCAGCCCAAAGGAACCAAAGGGAAAAACAGAGUUCGAUUUUAACGUGGACACCAAAAGUUCUGAUGGUUCAGGCACAAAGUACCUGAAGUCUAACGCCAGAUCUCAGCAGAACCGGCACUCCUUUAUGGAAACUUCCCAAAGCAAAACCGGGACGCUGCAGCCCGGCGACAAGCACAGUCGCCACAGCUACAUCGACACCAUCCCACAGUCUUCUAAGAGUCCCUCCUAUCGGACAAAGUCCAAGAGCCAUGGAGUUCUGACAGACUCAAAAUCCGUGGGCAACCUCUCUGAGGCCAGGGCCCAAGCUGCAGAACCAAACACCAGUAGGUAUUUUCCAUCCAGCUGUAUGGACUUGAACUCUCCUACCAGUCCGAGCGCUCCCCGGCACAGCGAUAACAGAACUAUGCUCAGUCCGUCCGCGAGGAAUAACCGCAGCGAGGGUACCCUGGACACCCGAAGACCGCCAACAAGACACUCCAAAACAAUGGAGGAGUUAAAACUGCCAGAUCACAUGGAUGGAAGCCAUUCCCACUCUCUGUCUGCUCCACAUGAGUCUUUUUCCUAUGGUCUAGGUUAUACCAGUCCUUUUUCUUCACAGCAGCGCCCUCAUAGACACUCUAUGUAUGUGAGCCGGGACAGAGUGAGGUCAAAGGGCUCAGAGGGUGGCUUAAGCAUAGGGCAAGGGAUGGCAGCCAGAGCAAACAGCCUGCAACUGUUAUCUCCACAGGUGCAGCAUAAGUCACUCACAAGGUCUGUUGGCUCAUCACGAGAAGACUGUACGGAUGAUUCUAAUAGGGGUGGAGCAUAUCAUGAUCCACACACAGAAGAUGGAGCAUCUACUAAGGAGAAUAGAAUUCUGUAUAAUGACCCUGUUCCAAGAAGAGUUGGCAGCUUUUACAGAGUUCCAUCUCCGCGUCCAGAGAGCACCUACAUAGAAAACAAUGUGUCCAACAGAGCCUCGGUGUUGCCAGCAGACAGCACCACGGUGACAAACCAUCCCAAGAGACAAACCACCUUUGAUACCUGGAAAAGUCCUGAAAACCUUAACAGUCACUCAGAACAGCUCAAGGAGAAAGAAAAGCAAGGUUUUUUCAGGGCAAUAAAAAAGAAAAAGAAGAAAUCUCAAAAUACAGACUCAAGCAACGGCGAGAAUCCAAGCAUCAAGAAAUCCCUCUUUCCUCUUUUUAAUUCAAAGAAUAAUUUAAAGCAUAGCUCUUCUUUGAAAAAACUUCCUGUAGUCACUCUACCAAUGAUGCCUAACACUGAAGGUCAGGAUCUCUUGGCAUUACAGAAAGCCAUUCAUUCUUCCAAUCACCAGAGCAGCAGGCCGAAGGAUUGGCAUCCUGAGAAGAUGACAGAAAUCCAGCCUCAUAGCCAGCCGUUAAAAUCUCUUCGGAAGCUCCUACACCUCUCCUCAAACCAUCCUGUCGCUGCUGAGCCCCGCUUCCAGCCCCUACCCAGCCAGCCAGCCAAAGCUUCUUUUCCUGAAGUGCGAAUCCACCCCAUGAGUCAAGGCUCCGGCAGCGGCGGCAGCAACGUGCGGCCGGAGCCCCAGCCGAAGAGCCGGCCGACGCUGCAGAUCCCGAGCCAGCUGGAGCCCACCUGGCACGUGUCCCCCGUGAACAGGAGCGUGAGCGAUGGGCCCCCCUACUCCGAGCAGCUGCCUUCCAAGAGCGGACAGAACGGGCACACCUACAGCCGAACAAACCGGGCGCGGAUGCCGAACCUGAACGAUCUCAAGGAGACGGCCUUGUAACUGCCCUGCAGCAAAGGGAGCGGUGUGGGUGGAGAGCGGCGCAGGGCGGCGGUGCUGGUUCUGGCCAUGGUAAGACUGCAUUUUCAGCUUUAUAAAGGUGUGCAAUAUGUACGUGUGGAGCGAUGCCGUUCGGCACCACGAGAGAGUCAGGGAUCAUACGGGAACGCGAGUGGAACUGCGAAUUACCGGGCAUCAGAAAUGUCACGGGAUGCCAGGCAGAGUGUGCCGGUUAGGGAGAAAAAUGCACUGUCAUUUUCUCUCAUUUACAUUCCAGCUUAGUGCACAUCUCUGUCUGAAAGCUAAGAAACUUCUGGUAUGUGUUGGCACUUAUAAGGGUGAAAACAUUGUCUAGGCCUAUGCCCUUACUACAUUUUUUGCUGCCUAGUUAAAACAGUGGGGUUUAUGUGAUAAAAGUGUAUCCCUGUUAAGGGUUUAAAGUUAAAUUGUAUGUCUUAAAUUUGUUUUUUAAACUUCCAUAUUUGAUAGGAUUUGUAAUAUUUAUUUAUGAUGACCUAAUAUCGUACUGUUAUAAUCAUAUCUUUUAUGUUAUAAUGUAAAGUUAUUUUGAGCUGUUUGAAACAUUGUGAAGCAGUGCAACAGCUACAGUAGUUUCUAUAAAAAACUAACGGUAACAUUUAUAUAUUGCAUCAGGAGUAUUUUAUUCUAUAUAUAAAUAUAUAUAUAAAUGGAAAAUAACUGUCUGUUUUUUAAAUAUACUCAUUUAAAAGAAAAGUAUUGUUAUGACACUAUCUGCCAUAUUUUUUAUACAUUUGUGAUAUAAAGUGCAGUAUUAUACUUCUAAUAAAGGGAAGUUGAAUGUGGAUAUAAACGUGAC